AUGGCCAGAGGCGGCAGCCCCACCGUGGAACGGCGGCUCCUCAGCCUACUCCACGGCGGCCACACCCGAUCCCGCCUCCGCGAGAUCCACGGCCACCUCUUCCGCCACGACCUCCAACACUCCAACAAGCUCCUCUCACAUUUCGUCUCCGUGUGCGCCUCCCUCGACCGUAUGCCGUACGCCGCCCGCGUUUUCCGGCAGUCGCCCAACCCCAGCAUCCUCCUCUUCAACGCCGUCGUCAGGGGCCACUCCCUCCGCGGACCCUUCCUGGACUCCAUCACCGCCUACUCAACCAUGAAGAGGCGCGGGAUCCGCCCCGACGAGUUCACCUUAGCCUCCCUCCACAAAGCCUGCGCCAAUCUCCGCCAUCUCACCCUCGGGCUCGGAGUCCACAAGGAGACCCUCGCCCUAGGGUACCAUAGGUUCUUGCCGGUCCGGGUCGGGCUCCUGGAGCUGCUCGUCCAAUGCGAGAAGAUGCCGGAAGCCCUGAAACUGUUCGACGAAAUGCCCCAAAGGGAAGCAAUCGUCUGGAACCUCAUGAUCUUAGGGUUUUCCAAAAAUGGUGACCUGGAAAAGGGAUUGGAUUUCUUCAGGCGAAUGGAGAUAAUGGGCUGCGAGAGAACCACCAUAACCUGGAACACCAUGAUUUCCUGUCUAGCACAGGGCAAUAGGGACGAAGAUGCUUUGAAGCUUUUUCGGGAGAUGACUAUGAUGUUGGACUGCACGCCAGACGAGGCCACUUUAGCAGUGAUACUUCCCACGUGCGCCCGAUUAGGCAAAACCGGCAUUGGGAAAUGGGUCCACUCGUACGCUGAGUCGAGCGGGCUCGCCCGAAAAUCCAUGCAGGUAGGGAAUUCGCUCUUGGAUUUCUACUCCAAGUGUGGGGAUAUCAAGCAAGCCCUCGAGCUUUUCGAGCGCAUGCCUCGUAAAAACGUGAUUUCUUACAACACAAUGAUCUUGGGCUUGGGUUUGAAUGGGGAAUGUAAGCGUGGGAUCGAGUUGUUUGAGGAGAUGAAGGCAUCGGGGGGCAUAAACCCUAACGACUCGACUUAUGUUGGUGUCUUGACAUGUUGCGUGCACGCGGGCCUAGUUCAAAUGGGUCGGGAUAUUUUCGGCUCGAUUUUGGAGCCGAAAGUCGAGCACUAUGGUUGCAUGGUCGAUCUUCUUGGGCGAGUUGGAUGCGUAAGGGAAGCUUAUGAUUUGAUAAGGGGAAUGGCGGUGGUGGAGCCGAGUGCCGCCGUGUGGAGUGCUUUGUUGAGUGGUUGUCGGGCAAAGAGUGGGGAAAAGGAGAUUGCCGAGCAUGCGUUAAACGAGCUCAUCAAGCUCGAGCCGUGGAACUCGGGGAACUAUGUUUUGUUGUCCAAUAUGUAUGCGGAGAGAGGCGUGUGGAGUGGGGUCGAGGAGGUUCGGGCUCGGAUGAGAGAGAAUUGUGUUGAGAAAACCGUGGGGCAGAGCGUGGUUGAGUAG